GUAAAUGAAUAUAAACAAAAUUUAACUAUUUAUUGAUUACUUUUAGCAAAAAAGAACAAUAUUAAAAAUGAGUUUUACAAAAACCUAGGUAAUUAAUGUCACUGGAUGUUUAUUUAUUUUUUUAAUGCUGCUGGAAAUUUCCUUUACACAAAAUCAAAAAUCUUGACAAUUGGGUGUCGCUGGCCAUAUUUCUAAAUGCAAAUUUCAUGGCAGACUAUUUUUCGCAGUCGCAAAACCAGUUAGAUUCUGAAAAAGAUCCGAAUUCAGGUCUCUGUUGUUGCGAAUAUAUAGAUCAUCAAAAUAAACGUUAUCACAUUCUUGCCUGCUGCUGCAAUUGUGAAGACUUUGACAAAGUAUUUACUGAUUGGAUAACCUGUCGACGCAUCGACCAAACUCGUCAACGCAAUAUGUUGUUAUCUUUUCAGGACCGCCUACGUAUACCAUGGCAUGGUGGGGCAAAACAAGUUACAUUUGAUACCCUUGCCCCCGUAUUUAUUAUACCGCUACUAAUAAGUAUAGCGGCGAUAAAUGCAUAUACGUGCAUUGUAAUCUUUUUAGCAUGUUCUGUGAUCAUGUGUUACGCGUAUAAUUAUAUUCACCGUAAUGCAGGACAUACUAGCUUCUUCAGUAUUUGGGUUCUUUCAUCUUUAAUUUAUUUAUUACUGCUAUUCCAGUUUACUGUACCACUAUUGGAAGUACUACCCGAGGAAAAUCUGGUUUUAGUGCUUCUUUCUAUAAUAUCUGUGAUUUGUUUUUGGCAAACUCGUAAACGAGCCGUUUUAAAUAGAGUCAUUCAACCUCUCACUGGGGGCAGCGAGCUGCCAGAUAUUGCAGAAACAAGCGUUAAUGAGGAGAAUGAAACAGAGCAAACAACAUUAUUGAUUGAGCAAGAUUUGGAUGAGGUACAAUCAUUGGAUGAUAUCAGCAGUAAUCAGCCAAAUCUCUGCGCAACUUGUCGCAAGUGUGUGCCGGCAAGAACUGCACAUUGUCCUGUUUGCAGAGCUUGUAUUAAACGGCUUGAUCACCACAGUUACUGGCUAAAUUGCUGUAUAGGCGAAAGUAAUCAUCGCUACUAUAUUGUAGGAAUGAUUUUUGGAGCUUUAGCUUUGAUAGUGGGUGCUGAUUUGACACUAACGGCGGUGUGCCAUCCAUUUUUAGCUGCUAACAUUGCAGGCGUGCAAAUUUUGCUACCAGACGAUUGCACUGAAAUUUUCGAGAUGUAUGAAUUGUCCGUAGCUUUUGUUAUUGCUAUUUACGCUUUAAUUAUAUCACAAUAUAUAUUGGUGAUGCUUGUGCAACAGGGGUACAUGAUCUCACGUGGAAUAACACUACAGGAAUGGAAAAGCGGAUUACGGGGAAACAACAAAACGGUGAAAUACAACUGCAAAAGUUUUGUUCUCUAAAAGGUAAAAUGUGUAAAGUCCACCAAAUAAAAAUUUGGCAUCAGCACAAAUUCUACUAACGAACUCAGCUAGUGUCUCGUGUACUAAAUGAACCAAAGAGAAUUAUGCUUCAUAUGAAUUGCAUUAAAAAUAAUAAUUAUUCCUUGUAUGAUAUACUAUAUUCUUUGCGUAUACUACGGUCAGUUUAACAUUAAUUCGUCAUCCUACUUAGGGACUGCAACUACUUACAACAACAACUAUUCUUUCAAGUGUGACAUUAAUUUUGUGCUCUCUAAAAAAGCUUUCAAGUAAUUCGAGUUGUGUAUAUCAAACAGAUUAACUAACUUAUUAGAUUGUGGUAAUAAGUGAUAUGAAAUAAAAUUCAACUCUGUAAAAA